AUUAUAUUAUAUACUACACACAGCUUUCUCUAUAUUAGUAAAGUUUUAUUACUAUAGCAUGUGUUUAAGUUCAUGACAAUUAUUAUGCAUAGUAACACUGAUAAUUAAAACGUAGAUUUUCGGGCAACAUUUUGAAACAGUAACCUGAUAUGGCAGUUCUAGUAAUGUACACUGUAUUGACUAUAUUAUCUGUAAUAAUUGGUAUAUUAGCACUAGACUCAUGUAGUGAUACCGGCAACAACUGUCAAUACUGUGGUGCUACGAACUAUCCUAUAGAAGUCGCGUACAGACAGAGUUGUAUGAAAAAAUGUGGCGUUUGUUCAGAUAUUAAUGUUGCACUUGAUAAACCAACCAAGCAGAGUUCUACACUGUAUUAUGGUACAAUUAAUUCUAAUUCUUCUAAUGCUGUUGAUGGUAAUACAGAUAGUGACUGGUUUCAUGGACACUGCACUCAUACAACCAAAAAUACAUCUCACUGGUGGUGUGUUGAUCUGAAACAAAUCUAUAACAUUGACAAUAUCAAAGUUUUUAAUAGGAAUCAAACACAAUGUACUACUGGAUACUACAGUACAUUACAUUCUACAUGUCAACCAUGUAAUACGUGCCUUAAUGAUAGAUGUGAUCCUAAUACUGGUGUCUGUACGGCUGGAUGUAAAGAUAUAUAUCAUGGGGAUAAAUGUACAACCCCAUGUAGUGAUAAAUGUACAAACAGUAGAUGUUCUACCACUUCUUCGUCCUCAUCACCACAAUGUACAGAUGGCUGUGUUGAUGGUUAUACGGGUUUCUACUGUCAAUCAACGUGUCCUGAUAAUUGUGUCGGGGGGUGUGGUAAGAUCGAUGGUAGAUGUCAUGACUGUACACCUGAUACAGUUGGUCCAUACUGUAACCUUACAUGUGGUAAAGAAUGUCAACAAAGAGCAGACCAAUCCGCAAUCACAUGUGAUAAAGACGGGAGGUGUACUGAUUGUAUUGUAGGAAAAACUGGAGAUAGAUGUGAUAUGAAUUGUAGUACAACAUGUGAUGGUGGAUGUGACAGAUAUAAUGGUAAAUGUGUUACUUGUAUUAAAGGUAAAACAGGCGACAAAUGUAAUAUCAACUGUAAUGAUAAUUGUACGGUUUGUAAUCAGAAUAACAUCAAUUCUUGUACUGAAUGUAUAGAUGGUAAAUGGGGACAGUCAUGUUAUAGACAAUGUAAUACUAACUGUAAAUCAGUAGUUGGUACAACUGUUAGUAAAUGUAAUAUAACAACUGGAUUGUGUAGUAAAGGAUGUAAACUAGGAAUAUAUGGUACAGAUUGUAAUACGGAUUGUAGUUCCUACUGUAAAGAUGGUUCAUGUCAUCAGACGACAGGGAAUUGUACCAAUGGAUGUUUACCUGGUAAAAUAGGAUAUAAUUGUACAACAGAUUGUGAACCAGGGAUGUAUGGUGAAAAAUGUAAAAGUAAAUGUGGUAACUGCGCCCAGAAUAUAUCUUGUGAUAUAUUGGAUGGUAGUUGUGGACUUACGGGUUGUGCAGAUGGUUUUCAAGGACAAGCUUGCCAUUUGAAAACAGAAUCAACAACAGAAACCGAUAAUAUGACAACAGUAAUAGGUUCUGUGGUGGCUGCUAUGGUUGUUAUCACAGUUAUUGGUGUUGUUAUUAUUUUACUUGUAAGGCGCAGAAGAAGACAGAAAUCUAUGGAAUCUAACCAACUUGAAGUCAACCAUUCGCACCUAGUUUCAAGUGUCAAUAACAACGAUUCCGCUUCUAAAAACACAGCCCCUACAGUAACCGAAAAACCUAACGUCAAAGGCAAUACAUAUACUAAUCUGCUAGCAGAAGACGAAAAUGAGGGAGCACAAAUUUAUGUCAAUGUUGAUGAACCAACUGAAGCUUCUACACGUAUUACAUUGAAAAAUCUGCUUCAUUAUAUCGAACAACGAAAGACGGAGACAGAAUCACUGAAAGCUGAAUUUCAGACUCUUCCAAGUGGACUAUGUUCAGCAUAUGAUUAUUGUAUGAAUACUGUUAAUAAGCCAAAGAACAGAUACAAGAACAUAUGCGCUUUUGACCAUUCACGAGUUAAAUUGGACAUAGAAAACGAUGACCCUAAUUCUGAUUACAUCAAUGCUUGCUGUAUAACUGGAUAUGGCGACAUUGAAAACAAAUAUAUCGCUUCUCAAGGUCCGGUUGAUGUUAUUAUUAAGGAAUUCCUGCGAUUACUAUGGGUUUCGGAGACAGGAAAGAUAGUGAUGUUAACCAACUUGGUAGAGAUGGGAAACAAAAAAUGCUUCAAGUAUUGGCCGAACAGUGGCAAGCAAAUGAAGUUUGGUAAAAUUUCCAUGGCAUUGAUCAAUGAGGAUAUCUUUUCUCACUUUACUGUUAGGACUUUCAAAAUCACAAAAGACGAAUGUGGGUCUAGAACCAUCAAGCAGUAUCAUUAUACAUCAUGGCCUGAUAAAGGUGUCCCUACCGAUACUGCGUCAUUGGUAGAGUUCAGAAACAAGGUGAUAAAGGCCGCAUCUCCGCAACCAGGACCAAUGGUGGUACACUGCAGCGCUGGUAUUGGAAGAACGGGAACUUUCAUAGCUUUAGAUUAUUCAAUAGAGGAAGCUAAAGCAGAAGGUUCUGUAGAUAUUUUUGAAUGUGUUAAACAGCUGCGAUAUGAACGAGUUAACAUGGUUCAGACUUGGGAACAAUAUGUAUUCCUACACGAUGCUUUAGCUGAAUGGUAUGUAGCUGGAGAUAUUACAUUUCCUGUGACGUCAUAUCAACAAGAUUAUCAAGCACUGCUAAAAGUUGGUGGCUCUUCUGGUAAAUCACAGCUUCAAGAAAGAUUUGAGAUGCUUGAUAGUAUCUGCCCGUCACCAACUACGGCUGAAUUUUCGGUAGCUUUAUCAGAAGAAAACAAAGAGAAGAAUAGAGAUCUAUCAGUUUUAGCAUCGGAUAAAAUGAGGCUAUGUUUAUUUAAGCCACAAAUGACAGAUUAUAUUAAUGCUCUGUUUUUAUCGAGCUACAGAAAGAAACGUGCAUAUAUAUUGACCCAGGCGCCCUUGCCAAAUACUGUGGUAGAUUUCUGGACGAUGGUUGUAGAACGAGAUGUUACAACAAUUGUGAACAUGGACAUUACAGGAACAACAAGUGAUAUUGGACAAUAUGUACCAACAACUGGUGAUCUGAUCUGUGGACCAUUUAAUAUAAGCAAAAUAGACGAAACAAAACAUGAAAAUGGUAUUUAUACAGUUGUUACCUGUUUAAUUAACAGUGAACUUGAUGAAAGUUUACAAAGACGUAUCAGAAUAUAUCAAUGUAAUUUCUGGAAUCCAAAGACAGGGGUGCCACAAUCUGCUGGUCCAAUCUUUACUAUCUUAGAAGAUAUAAAAUCAUGUUCUGAACAAGACGAAGAUGGACCCAUCAUUGUUCACUGUCUCAAUGGUGUAGAGAAAUCGGGUAUAUUCUGUGUUCUAGCUGCUAUAUUAGAAAGAUUAACCAUAGAACAAGAUGUCAGUAUUUUACAGACUUUAGUUCAAUUACGAGUUUCUAGACCUCAGAUUAUAACGUCUUUUGAGCAGUUAAGAUUUUGUUUCGAUGCUGUUGGUGAAUAUCUGGACGAGUUCUCUGUCUAUGCAAAUUCUUGCUAAAUUAAGAUAUCUCAGAUGUAAAUAUUGAUCUUAAAGAUGUAUUCAUUUUAUGUCAACUAUAUAUACAUAAUACAUGACAAAUGAUAUUCAUUAGUAAAUCCAAAAUAUGGUCGAGGAACUACUUAAAAUCGAAACAUACCGACAUAACGAGUAGUAUAUCAGAUAAUCCACUAUAAUGCCCUUGAAGUCACUGGCUUCUGCAAAAUAUUGAUCAUUUUUAAAAUCAUUUAAAAAAAUUGCCGUUUUUAAAUUUGUUGCCACUGGCUUCCUUCUCUCAGUAGUAUGAAACAUUGUUACAACCACGGUGCAUGAUCACUUUUUGCCCAGUUCCCCCACCUUGCUUUAUUCUGUUUCAACAUCAACGAAAGUAAUUUUGUAAAAUGUACCCCGUGUGUCAGAUUUUUUGUUGAAAGGAUGGGUUUCCUAUAUAGCUUUAUCAUAAGAAAUGUCAAACUUUCUUAAGAUAAAUUUGUGAGUAUGUAUCAGACGGCCCAAUUCCUCUCGUGGGAAUAUCUCCUUAAAUGUUAGUUUAUUCCAUCAUAUUCUAGUUAACUUUAUGUUGUAUACGCCCACUUACAAAGUAUAAAUAUAUAUAACUAACGAAACAAUAAUAUCAAAAUAUAGGAUUUAGAAACACUUACAUGUGCUUAUAUACUGUGGUUAGAGUAAUAUACUCGCGUUCGCAAGUAUUUUUUUUAUUAUUAUUAUUACUUAUAUAUAUAUAUAACCCCCUCAACAGUAAAUAUUAAAUUUCAGAAUACCUGUGUAAAAUAGAACUAAAUAUAUAUAAAAUACUAAAGAAUAUCUAUUACAUUAAAAAUAUAUCCACAUGGGUGUCAAUAUGUUCAUUCGUAAUGUCUUCUUACUAAAAAUUCAAAAUGUUUUAAUAAUGUCAAAUACUCGUACAGUCGAAAUUGUAGAAGGAUAAUUAUUUGUUUUGAGAAAAAAUAAAUGUAAACAUAAGAAUAAGGAAAUAUGCAAAAUUAAUGUUUAUCUUGUAUUCAAUGAUCAAUAAAUGCAACCUAAUAACGCUCAUUUAAA